AUGGGCAAGUGCGCCACUCCCUCGAUUCGUCACGGGAAGCACGGACUCGGAAUUCGGAACGACAACGGAGAACGCCUAGCCGAACUUCUCGACUCCAGAAGGCUCUACCACGGCAAUUCUCUCUUCGAGAAGCCUGAUCGGAGACGCUGGACCUGGAAAUCGCCCAACGGAGACACCACCAACGAGAUCGACCACAUUCUGGCCAACCGGAAAUGGUCUCUCCUCGACGUUGCCGUACUACCCAGUUUCGACGUUGGAUCCGACCAUCGACUCGUUCGCGCCAAGGUCCGUCUGAACCAGAAGUUCCUGAAGAAAGACUACCACCAGCCAUCGAGACCGAGAAGACCAACCUACGACAUCACCACGUUGGAGGAGAAGAUCUCGAGCACGACUGGCAGCUUCUCGACGACCCGACAGCCGACUACGAAUCCUCUGCGAUGGCCUCAUCAGAUGUGCAGAACCUGCAGCUCGACCAACCUCGUCUCUACCGCCGCGACUCGACCAACGAGCGAAAGAUCUGCUGCGAAGAAGAGGAGAAGUCAAACGAGACCCGCAGGCCACGCACCUAGAACGUCUGACGAUCGACAAAGCCUGCAGAAUGGCCGUGCAAGAGUCUCUAGCCAACCGACGCAGGAGUGCACUUCUUCAGACAGCUGAGAAACGUCAAAGCCUCAAGAAGAAGAAGUUCGAGCUCGUCGACGAGCGAACGGUGAUGACAGCACUGAAGGACGAGAACGGCCAGCUGAAGACGUCAAGGAACGAGAUGGAGCGCCUGACGGUCGACUUCUACACGAAACUCUUUCGAAGCGACGUUCCCGUCCCCAGAACACCAACGCCGCCACCAGAAGAUGAACCCCUGAUCCUUCCCGAAGAAGUCAAGUACGCCAUCAGGAAGCUGAAGGUCGGAACGGCCGCAGGACCCGACAACAUCUCAUCCGAACUGCUGAAGGCUGGAGGAGACUCGCUGUACCGACUACUUGCCCGGCACUUCUCCAAGUACCUGAGCGAAGCCUCUAUUCCUGAACAAUGGAAAACAUCCAAGACGAUCCUCAUUCCGAAGAAGGGCGACCUCACCGACCUGAACAACUUCAGACCGAUCUCCUCUUAUCGGUCGUCUACAAGUUGUUCACCAAGGUCAUCGUCAACAGACUAGAGAAGCAACUCGACAACUUCCAACCGCCCUCGCAGGCUGGCUUCCGACGCAACUACUCUUGCCUCGACCACAUCCACGCCUUGACCCAGGUGGUGGAACGGCACCGGGAGCACCAGAUGCCACUUGCGUUGGCCUUCGUCGACUACUACAAGGCCUUCGACAGCGUGGAGAUCAACGCCGUCUUGAAUGCUCUUGCCUCCGCCGGAGUCGCCACGAAGUACGUCGAGCUGAUCGCCAACAGCAACGAGGGAACGUCCACGACCAUCCAGCUGUUCGACAAGAAGCUUUCGAUCCCCAUCAGGAAAGGUGUUCGCCAGGGAGAUACCAUCUCCCCCAAGUUGUUCUCCACGGCACUAGAAGACGCGAUGCGCCAACUUGGAUGGGACGAAGAGCACGACUGGGAAGACAGUACAGACAUCAGAGGCAUCAACAUCGACGGCAAGGUCCUCACAAACCUCCGCUUCGCCGACGACAUCGUACUCUUCUCAAGCUCCACCACCGAACUGUCCUCCAUGCUGAACGAUCUGGACGAAGUCGGCAAGAAGAUCGGCCUUAAGAUGAACGUCAAGAAGACGCAGUGGAUGAAGAACCGCUUCUGCGACCAAGGCAAAGUCACCCUUGAGGGCCGCGACCUUCAGGAGGUCACAUCCUACAUCUACCUUGGCCGGGAAGUAAACAUGGUGAACGACCUGCAAGCAGAGAUCGGCAGACGCAAACGCGCUGGAUGGGCCGCCUUCAACUCCAUCAAAGAAGUCACCAGUCAGCUGAAAGACCCGAAACUGCGAGCUCACAUCUUCGAAGCGUCGAUAAUCCCUGCCAUCUCCUACGGUACCGAAGUUUGGCCUGACACGAAGAAAAAAAUGCAACCGCCCUACGAACUUCCUACCGCGCACUGGAACGUGCUCUCAUCGGCACCACUCGCUUCGAGCAGUGGAAAAAAGAACAGAGGAGCACAGACCUCCGUCAACUAUCCCAAAUCCGGGAUCUAGAAGAGCACAUACAACGCGGGAAACAUCGCUGGGGCGGCCACGUCAUCCGCAGACAAGACGACCGCUGGUCCACGAGAUUAACACACUGGAUUCCGAGAAACAUCAAGCGCCCACUCGGGCGCCCACCGACCAGAUGGACGGACUACUUCCGCAAGAACAUCAGUCAGCCAGGCCGCCACUGGAGGACCGUCGCGCAAGACCGAGCCGCCUGGAGAACGUGUGGUCCACGCUGA